CCGUCCCUCCCCGUCCCUCCUUCCCUCCCUCCCUCCCUCCUUCUCUCCCAUCCCUCCCUCUGUGCGCGCCGGCGGCGGCGCCGCGCUCCCUCCAGCCGCGCCCGCGCAGCCCCCGCAGGAGCAAAUGACAGCAUGACUAGGGUCUGAGGAAGUGCUUCUGUGUUCCUACCAAGGGUCUGUGGGUGCAGAGGAAGGGUGCAAGGACAGCAGGGACAUUUUGAGCUACCAUGGAUAUCCCCACUGAUUUGGUGCCGUCCUCCAUGAUGUCCCAACCUGAAGUGAUUGAGUCCACAGCCAUGAGCGAACCACAGUGCUACUACAAUGAAACCAUUGCCUUCUUUUAUAACCGAAGUGGAAAAUAUCUAGCCACUGAAUGGAACACUGUCAGCAAGCUUGUAAUGGGGCUGGGGAUUACCGUCUGCAUCUUCAUAAUGCUGGCCAACCUCUUGGUUAUGGUGGCUAUUUAUGUCAACCGCCGAUUCCACUUCCCUAUUUAUUACUUAAUGGCCAACUUAGCCGCUGCGGACUUUUUUGCAGGGCUGGCCUACUUUUACUUAAUGUUCAACACAGGACCCAACACUAGAAGAUUGACUGUAAGCACCUGGCUUCUCCGUCAGGGUCUCAUUGACACUAGCCUGACAGCCUCUGUAGCCAAUUUGUUGGCCAUUGCUAUUGAGCGGCACAUUACAGUUUUCCGAAUGCAGCUACAUACUCGGAUGAGCAACCGGCGAGUAGUGGUCGUAAUUGUGGUUAUCUGGACUAUGGCCAUUGUCAUGGGUGCCAUACCAAGUGUCGGAUGGAACUGUAUUUGUGAUAUCACUCACUGCUCCAACAUGGCACCGCUCUACAGUGACUCCUACCUGGUCUUCUGGGCUAUUUUCAACCUGGUCACUUUUGUAGUCAUGGUGGUCCUAUAUGCUCAUAUCUUUGGGUAUGUCCGCCAAAGGACUAUGAGAAUGUCCAGACACAGUUCUGGACCCCGCAGGAAUCGGGACACCAUGAUGAGCCUCCUGAAGACUGUGGUCAUUGUGCUUGGUGCUUUCAUAAUCUGCUGGACCCCGGGAUUAGUCUUGCUGCUCCUCGAUGUUUGCUGUCCCCAGUGCAACGUCCUGGCCUAUGAAAAAUUUUUCCUGCUCCUGGCAGAGUUCAACUCUGCCAUGAACCCCAUCAUCUACUCCUACCGGGACAAGGAGAUGAGCGCAACCUUCAAGCAGAUCCUCUGCUGCCAGCGCAGCGAGAGCGCCAACGGCCCCACCGAAGGCUCGGACCGGUCGGCAUCCUCGCUCAACCACACCAUCCUGGCUGGCGUCCACAGCAAUGACCACUCAGUGGUGUAAAACCACAGCCGGCCGCCUGGCCGACAAAGAGCAGCAGGCUACGCCGUGGAGUGGGGGGGGGGUGCACGGCCCCAGGGAAGGUAACCCACUCACAAGGUUUUCUCAAACACUAAUGGACUACAAGUGCUUCUUUUCCAGGGAGCCCGACACACCGGAGGAGUCCAUCCCGUCCACAGGACUGGCUGUGCUGCAAGGCCUUUGAUUUCUACUUUCAAAAAGUAGAAGGCAGAUGCCUUGUGGCAGAGGUCAUCGAUAGCCCAUGGAAAGCCUUGCUGAGACUUUGUCAGACUUCGCUGCAUCUUGGUGCCAGUCUGAGUCAACUCUGAUUAAUUAAGCUUAUACCUGCUUCACUGCAUUUACAUGUAGCCACUUAGUCUUUUUAAAAAGGGAGUAAAGGGGAUAAAAGUAUGCCUAUCAUUUAAUAGACAUGUAAUAUUUAUCACCAUCAGCAUGCUUGUGAUGAACAUUUUCUGUGCAGGGAGUAAAACUGUGCUCUAGUCUUCGUAUCCUUAGCCACACUGCCAUAACUACAGUAAAAACAAAAGUAUUUUUUUCUAAUACAGGCAACAAGAAGACGAUGGAAACUGACUCUUCUUACCUUCAUUACUGCUGUUAGAGAGCAUGCAUGUUCUGUGUGUAUGCAGAUUGUUUUAAUUAUGAAAAAAAAAAAGCUCGUUGUAAAGUCUGCAGGAAAGUAGAAAAGCAUAGACUGUAUUCCAGUGUUUGUUUAGAUUAUGAAAUAAACAGUACUCUACUUACAAGGUAUUUAACGUCCUUCUUUGAAGUGCGGUAUGAAAUGUGUAACAUGUGAGGGGUCCCAAGUUUUUCAUGGACAAGUUCUUAAAGUAGGACAAAUCCCUAAUGCUCUUAAAGGGCUACAGUCAGGUUGAUAGAUCUAAAAAAAAAAAGUACUUAUGGCAUUGGAAUGCUUUUCUUGUUCAUGGUGGAAAGCAAAGGGAUUUUUAAUGUGAAAAAAAUGUAUGCGGUUUUAUGGAACCUUUCUUGUAAUUGAAAACAAAACAUCUUCUGCAUUUUUGCACUGAGAAAUGUUUGUAAGGUAUCUUUUAAAUGAUGUACGCUUCAUUUCAAAAACAGUGGGCUACUAAGAACUACUAAGGUACAAUUUUAUUUUGUAAAGUCAAGACAACAUAGGUAGUUGUCUAUUGCAAAUGACUAGACCAUGCUAAAUAUAACAGCCACACGUUAUCAAUAGCUAAGCUAACAGAUGGAUUUUUUUCAUAUACGGCUGUUCUGAGGAGGAAUGCCACUCGUGAAUCUCCAUUACCAAGAAGCAGUGACAUUAAUCAAAACUCCUUGAUAGGGGUAAAUAUGAGCAAAGAUGGGAUCUUGCUGAUAAAAAACUUGGGACCUUUCUCUGGGAAACUGCGUGUUCUCCUAACAAUGUAAAAUAUAUCAAUAGUAAAUUCCUGGGGCCAUUUUCCUCAUUGUAAUUUGCCUCUAUAACAAAGAAAAACAAACAAACAAAACAAAACAAAAAAAUCAGAGGUGUAUCCUUCAAUGUACCGUACUGGAAUGUAACACAAGGGACAAUAUUCUCCUAUUUGGGCAGGGAAGAAAUGGAGGGGGUAGGGUCAGCCCACCAAAAAGCAGAGUUUUUAGCAUGUCUUGCUUGUAAGAGGUGCUUGGAUUUUACACUUUCAAGCAUAAAAUUGCUUGGAAAAGACAGUUCCUUGCUGAGGAAGGGAAGAGCAGCAAGUCAGCAAAAUCUGUCUCCACUCAGUAAAGUGAGAGUUUUGCCACUGCUUUCAGUAAAACUGAAAUUCACCUGUACUGUCAAGCCAAAUUUGUGUGGACAAUGUGGAAGAGGGAGUGGGCAGAGAGGAUAAACACAGUAUUAUCUGCCAGUUGACCGAGGUAUUGAAUGUUGCACUUGCUUUGGGCAAACAGCUCUUUUUUCUGACUGUGUUUGAGAGCAAGUGAAUGUAAGUUGAUUCAUUUUAUAUCCACAUAACUACUGAGAAAGAGAAGAACAGGCUGUAUGAACUUUAUCAUUUAAAAGCAUCUGCUUACUAAGCCACUCCUAAAUUUUUUAGUGCCUGCGUGAUGUUUGAGCUGGCGCAGGUAAGCAGAAGAAAGGAGAGGGUAAGAGUGCCUCCAAAGACAGGGGACAUCUGACUGAAAAACAAUUUCUUUUUCUCCAGAGUGCUCGGAGUUGCUUUCUUCCCUGGAUCCAUGGAGAGCACUUGUUCCUGUCCCGAAUUUCCCCACAAAAGAAGGACAUCAUAGACACUUUUUGGUGGGGAGAGGGUUGCCCUUUCCAAGUGACCUUGUUGCUGCUGUUUGCAUGCUCUUUAUCAAAUCUCUCCUGGAUAGGGUGGGAAGAUGAUGUUAAGAAAUAGCAGCAAAUCAUUCACCCUCAUUUACUGUGGUGAUUUUGGAGAAGCUGUGGGUGAAUAAUUUUAAACCAGGGUUGUGAUUGUUCAUGACACAUGGGUGGGUGCAGAGGGUGAAGAUGGAUGCCCAAAGAGGCUUUUCUCAUUGUAACUGCGACAGGUGGGAGUUGCUGCCCAGGUACACCGAUCAGCCCUUCUCCAGAGAGGCACUCGAAAAUUCAAGAAGCUGGACCUUUUGAAUGCUUAACAGCAGUUAAAUUUCAGUCAUGGGGUAGAUUAAUCCAGGAGCGCUUCUGGCAGCAGGUGGCUUUUUCUUUUCUAAAAGGUGAAGUGCAAUGCUUUCGAUCAAAGGCAACAGGACGUGAAUGUUGCUUGUACGAUUCCACUGGAGGAACUCACUGAGCAUGUGGCUGCUGUUUAAAAAUUUAAUUAGUGCUUUGUUUUGUUGACAUGAUCUCCCUAUAUCCUUGAGAAAUCUGAUCUGUGGAUUGAGUGUUUCUUUGCAAGCUAAUGAAAUUAAAGCUGCUGUGAGCAAAGAGAAUAAAAACCAGAGCUGGGAAUAGAAGGAUUCAUUUGCUCUCUUCUUUAGUGUGGUUCCCAAACCACUUGGUUUCAUCUUAGAUUUUUUUUUAACUUUUGCUUCUCCGUUCAGAUUUUCCAGCUUCAUUGUGCAGUUCUAGAACUCAGUUUGCUAUGUGAAAACAUGGUGCAAAGUACUUAGGGGAAAAAAACCUGCUCCACUUAUUUUUACUUAUCUCAAAUCUUUCAAAAGGUUUUAGAAGCUUCUUAAAAUACCAACGAUCCUCCCACAGUCAUUAAAAUUCUUCUGCUGCUGGCUGCCUCUGGUCCAAGUAAAUCCUCUUGAAGUUCAAAUGUAAUGGUGUUUGUUUCAACAAUUGUAGAGUUGGGCAGUUGUGUAUUAAAAGAAAUAUGGUUGAUAUUAAAUCAUUCGCAGGUCAAAAAAUAUGUGUUUUUCCUACUUUGUUUUUUCAGUGGAAGCACAAGUCUGAAACCUAAUUGAAAAGAUUGUCUUUCAAUAAAGGAUUAUUAAGUAGAAUUUUAACUCCCUGUUGUGAUCACAUUUAGAGAGGCUGGGUGACCCAUUGGUCCACAGAGCUGUUAAUCACAGCAUUUACAUGAAAAGUUGAAAAUAUAUUCUGUGUUUGACACACAUUGCAUUUCUUGUCAACCCUUUUUUUGCUCAUGUUCUCCGAGAUCUCCUGGUAGCUUCACGCUGGCUGCUAACUGGGAUGCUCAAAGCUGGGCAGAUAGCUGGCACAGGGAGAAAGGGCAGACCAAUUAAGAGCUUUUUCAGUGAUUCCUAAAACCAAGCACACCUGUCUGUCCAUAGUGCACCAGUAACAGUGGUUUUUAAAUAGUUGCCCCAAGAUCCGCCAUUGUUUUUUUAACUAUGUCUUUCCCAACUAGUCACAGCUGUGGCACUGCUUGAACAAGCUGGCAGCGAAGGCUUGACAUAGGUCACUUGGUGAAAAAGAAAGGGCAGGCAUGCUGUGUUCAUGGUGCAAACUAAGCCUGGGUAACUUGGGUGUCAAAGAGGAAAGGAUAUAUUUUUAUGUCCAGUAUCUUAGUUCUGCUUCCCCUCCAAAGUAACUUUUCAAUAUCAGCAUAAAUUUGUCCCAGUAUGGCAUUGCACUGAGAUAAAACUUUUCGGGUCGCUCUGAGGAGUAUGUCUUCUGGUCUGUACCUCUGUGGUGGUCGGGGGGGAUUGGCCAUGGCCAGUCUGGGUCCCAGAAGGAAUCUGUCAUGGGAAACUCAAGUGGGCUCUGCUUUUGAAGCAAGUUUUGUAGCUUCUGACCUGCACGUUGCCCCAAAAGAAUGCUACCAGAUACCAGGCUUAACUACUGUAAAGCCAGCUGGGGUUGCUCUCUGUGACACUGCCACCACCAGCUCUGUCUGUUCUCACUGCAGCAGGUUCCCACGGACUAAAACCAUGCUGCUUUUUCUGUGAAAGAAAUAAAAACCAACCCAGCAGGUUGUUCUCCCCAGGUGGGAUUAAAGAAGACACCACCAGAUGGAGAGGCUUUGGUGCAAACACCCGUAGCCUGUCUAUCACUGUGAAUCAAGGUGAUGCAAAGCAGAGCUGGCAAAGGUGUUUCUCUAGGGCAUCAUCCCCACCCCACGCCAAGGUGUGACCCCGUCCUCGUUGCACCUGUCAUUCCUUUGGGUCUCUUCUGACCAUGAGACAGGAUGGAGCUGGCAGAGGUCAGCCUUAGCGGACUGGCUCUUUUCCACCUGCUGCAGAAGUAAUGUAACCCAAAUACAGGCUUUUCCUUUCUGGUCCUCUUAAGGGCUUUCCUGUUGAGCAAUUUGCAAUUGCAAGUCUACCUAUCGUGUCCUUUCUGAUCAGUUCUUGCCAUUAGCAGUCAGUCUGUGCUAUAUGCUAGUGUCUGUAUGGAGGGGAUUUGCAACUGCAGUCUCAUUUGUUCAGCCGAAUUUCCCAGGCUUUACUGUUUGAUUGGAAAGGCCACUUCCAAUAGAUAGCUUAAAGAGUAUUAACUCUCUCACCUGUGCAGCCACGCCACCUCAAGAAAAAGGCUCCUUUUCUUUCCUCCCAUUUUCUCCUCUUAUAGGAUUUUCCACAAAGUUAUUCACCCAGCUCCAGUUUUCUAAGUCUAUCAAGGAGAAAAAAAGAGGUUGAUGAUAUUAAAAAAAAAAACCAACACCAAAACCCAAGGAUAUUAAACUAUGCUGCUGUCUUCUGUGGUACAUGGAAAUCCAGCCCACUAAUAAGCUGCCAGAUUUUAGCAAGAGCCUCCAUGAAAUGUUCCCGUUUGCCUGUGAUAAACUUCUGAUAACCAGAAGUGUAUGUGGGAGACUCAGGAAUCUGUUCAUUUGUUUUCCUGUUUAAACAAAACCAUGUUUCUCACUCACAAGUAUGGAGAGAGCCAAUGAGGUUUGGCAAACAAUUUUGCUAUUAAGUGCACUUACUGUAAAUGUUUAGAGGUUGUAUCUAGUACAAUAAAGUAUUUAGCAUGUGCAA